UCGUCGCACUAAGGUCCCAUCCCACUUGGGUGCGCACCCGGCCAGCCAGCCCGCCAUAUCUUAAACCCCAACCCAGUUCUUCCCAUCCGAAAUUAGCGCCAAAAUCCUUCCACAGGGAGCAACGACUGGUCGUGUCUCUUGAUUCCUGUCUCAAUUUAUCCGCCAAUAACUUCUCCGACCCUUGACUCCACCUCUUUCUACCAGCAUCCUGCCAAGCUGUGUCCAAAACAAGCCGCCCAAGAUGCCCCAGAAAAUCGCUUUCGCGCAGGGCGUUAAGCUUCGUCCCAGAGCUCGGUCCGAACCGCUCGCUGACCGUUCCCCGACCCCCUUCCCGGACGAGAGACCCAGCAGCGCUACAACCACGAGCUCGAACAAGAUGUUUUCGUUGCGCAAUGGCCGUGGCCGCAACCACUCGGGUGCCAGCGAAAGCAGUCGUGGUACUUCUCUCUUCACGUCGAUAUCCGGCCGUUCGUCAUCGAAAUCUUCUGGUCGCCUCAAGAGAGCUUGGGACAAGGUUCUUAGUCGCUUGGGUUCUGGUUCGAAAACUCCCUGAAGCUGGAACACUAUACCGCGAGUGUUGUUCUUCGGUAUGGAAAGGAUCGGUAUGCUAGUGCCGUCAUGGAACAAAUCACAUAGGGAUUCCAAGAGCAGGAGUCUAAACGGAAGGACAAGACUGGAACCU